CAGAACGUCCGAUAUAAGGGCAUAAGGUCUAUUUUCUAGUUGCAGAAAGACAGCAGUAGGGUGCAAAGGCAGUUCGCCAGUUACAGCAGCGCGUCCGCUGAACGAUAACGAAGAGGUAGGUGAGAUCACGGAGACCGGGGUGAGAAGGUGAUGAAGCGUACUUCAUGAGCAGUAACCGAAAAACAACUGGCAUUUGGAAAGUUUGAGAAAAAACGUCAGAAAGCCAAUUCAAUUGAUGUGGAGCAGAAGACAAGAAAUAAGAAGGAGAGUAGCACUUCAUCUCCCUCUCCAAUUCCAAGUGACCGUUCUGAACGGAAUGCCUCCGCCACCUCUGACCCCUCACCCUCUGACCAACUCUCCUCCCUCUAUCCACCUCCCUCUCCUGUUAACUGUUCCUCUCAGCCUUGCUCUCCUGCUAAACAGCCCUCUCUCCCCAGGUCACCUGCCAAACACCCUUCCCCAGUGAAAUCCUAUCCAGUGGUGUCCCGCCCUAGUUCUCCCUCUCCUACCAACCCACUGGACGGUGAUGGAGACACCAGCCAAGAGGGCGCAACAGUCAGACCUCUGUCUCUUCAGGACCACUCUAGCCCAAGGCCCCAGAGGUCAGGCUCAGGUGCCAGAAGCCAGACUCUUCCCAGGGCCAGCUCAGCCACCAGAAGAUCAGAGGAGACCCAGGGGGCCAGAGGAGAACGGGGGGCCCUGGUCAACAUGGAACUUCUUGGGUUGCCUAACAUUGGCAACACUUGCUUCCUAAACGCCACCCUGCAGUGCCUCCUGGUCCUGCCUUCCUUCUCAAAGGAAAUCCUACGCCAGGAACAACUCUGGAGCUCCUCCCCCUUCUCCAACCUGCUCAGGUGUCUGUCUGAUGUGCACCGUUCGGGUCUACCUGACAGUGGCGCAAACCAGGCCUCAAAAGCAGACCUCAUGUGGAAGGUCAAGUACUCCUUGUCGGGAUAUGAUUUGAAGUAUCUGGGGGACACGCAACAGGACGCACACGAGUUACUUGUGAAUAUGCUGUGCCAGCUGAAGGAGGAGGGCAUGAUACUGAAGACGCUCGGGGUGAACUAUACCUGCCCUGUUUCCCAGCUGGAGUUCCAGCUUGUCUCAGUGCGCACAUGUACCAGCUGUGGGCGCGAGUCGUCCACCAGAGAGGACUACAAUCACCUCUCAUUGGACUUCACCUCUGAGCGCACCUUGCUAAGCAGCCUAGCACUCACUUUCAAAGGAGAAAAGGUUGAAUUCACAUGUGCGGGCUGCAAGGGCCUCCACGCCUCAAAGGUGGAGCAGUUCCACACACUGCCUCUUGUGCUGGUUCUGCAUCUGAAGAGGUUUGGAGGACCUGGGGGGUUGGAGAAGCUGGAGGCUCCUUUUUUGUUUCCUUUGGAGCUGGGGCUCUCCACCUUCUGUGGGGACACGGUGCCACCCCUGCACAGUGCCAGCCCACAGGCCUUCACCAACCAGACCCCCAAUAUCCAAAUGUCCAUCCCCCAGACCCUCGCCAGCCAAGUCUCCAACCCACCUGGAGAGGCCAAAGAUAGCGCCCUCUACUGUUCAGAAGCAGCAGCCAGUGAAGUCAGUGAUUGGCUACUACCAGCUGACUGGCGUAGUCUCUCAUUUGGGAGGCUCCGCAAACUCCGGUAAGUAAAUACCUUAAAACACACACAUGCAGAUGCACAGUACAAAUGGCAUAGGCUGAAUCCCAAAUCACUCCCUUCUCCUCGGCCCUCAAUUUGCGCGUUCACGUCCUCCUCUGCCAUAUAAACAAGUAUCCAGGGUGAAGGCCGGGGAUAAUAAUAAUUUGUAGACUGCAAAAUGACCUUAAGAAGCCCAAACAGAUAUUAUAUUUGACUAUUUCCAAACCUUGCUUACAUUUGUGUACAAUCACGUAUAUCUCUUUAUUGUGCUUGGGAAUAGUUUGGAACAGACUUCCAAAAUGAAAAUCACCUGGAACUGAUUUGCUGGUGCUUUUACAGUCUUUUAACAAUUAUAUAUUUUUUAAAUCAGAAAACAUGGGGGGGCCAAAUAAAAUCACCCGUGGGCCAAAUUCAUCCCACGGGCCGCCAGUUGGGAAACCCUGGUGUAGGGGAUAAUUAGACCCUCCAAUAGCUAGUUCGGCUAAGCGAGCAAGGCUGCAGGCUUCAGAGCAAAGUGCCAUCCCGACAAGCAAUAUGUUUAGAGUUGUAACGGCUUUCUUUAUGUGAAGUAGAGUCGGACCAAAAUGUGGCGUGGCUAUUUAGAUUCAUGUUUAAUAAAACAAAUAAACACAAACACUACAAAACAAGAAACGUAACGUGAAAACCGAAACAAGCCUAAAGUGGUGCAAACUAACACAAGAACAGGAACAAUCACCCACGAAACACUCAAAGAAUAUGGCUGCCUAAAUAUGGUUCCCAAUCAGAGACAACGAUAAACACCUGCCUCUGAUUGAGAACCACUUCAGACAGCCAUAGACUAUGCUAGAAAACCCCACUAAGCCACAAUCCCAAUACCUACGAAAAACCCCAAAACAAAACACACCACAUACCAAAACCCAUGUCACACCCUGGUCUGACCAAAUAAAUAAAGAAAACACAAAAUACUAAGACCAGGGCGUGACAAGAGUUCACGCAAUUUAAUCCAAAGGAAUGGAGAGGCAUGCCUAAUUACAGACCACGUGUAUUUCUUUAUCGCUGAUUUCCAAACUUGACACAUGUAACAUAUAAAAUACCUUCCAAAUGAACUGUUUAACUGUUAUAAUACACUCCAUUACCCACAAGAGCCUGACCCUUGACCUGAUGUCUGUCUUCUUUGUGCCACAGGGCACUACAUUAGUGACAUCUUGAAUGCAAGUGGAAACUGGUUCUGCUGUAACGACAGCCAAGUGUCAAUGUCCAAUGAAGCCACUGUGCUGAGGACCAGAGCCCGGAGUGCUUACCUGCUCUUCUAUAUGUUCAAGUACUCUCGUCAUCUAUAUUCCUGUGUUGCUAUAUAUGUGUACUGUAUGUACAGUAAGUGGUUCCUUUCACCCUUCAGGGCAGGGGAGCAGGAGGCCCCAGCACACAUGGCCUAACAGGGCCACCGUCCCAACAGGGGCAGCACCUGGACCAGCCUCCACACACCAAGCUCAGCCUCAAAAGGCCCAGACUAAAUACCCUCAGCCCAGCUUCAACAGGGGUAGUCCCAGGCCCAGCUUCAACACCCCCAGCCCUGCCUCAACAGGGGCAGCACCAGGCCCAGCUCCAACACCCCCUGCCCAGCCUCAACAGGGGCAGCAAUGGCCCAGGCUCACAUCCCCAGCCCAGCCUCAACACCUCCACGUUUUCCCCCCUUCAUAUAUUUCCCUGACGACAUUCCCACUGCUGUGUCUAAAAAAAUAAAAUAACUUAAGGUAUCGGACUUCAGACCCCCCCACCCUACAGAAAAUGAUGACUGGUCUGUCAAUCAUGCGGCUCAAGGGAGACUUGAUCUUCAACACUAGCUUAGAGCAUCCUUUUCAGUAGCGUAUGUCAUAAAUAUCUGCCCUUGUUUCGACUACUUCGCCGAAUGUAUAAAGUGCAUGUAAAAAAACGAAUACAGUAUACACACUAAAUGUAGUACGCAUAUAAAUGUGGUGGAUAGAGUGUCUGAUUAUUUAGAGGGUAUAACAUCUCUUAUAUUUGGAUAAGUUUUAAAACCUCUUGUUGUGAAAUACACUGUGGUGUAUAACCUCUUAAUCAGCAUGGUCACACUGGAUGCACUGCAAUAUUCAACAUUGAUCCAGGUCCCCAGGAUAUCGGGAGAUUACUUGUGCAUGCCAUGCAAUUUCAAUAAAGAAAAACAAACUUUAAAAUAAUCCAAUUGAAGAUAAUUCUGUUAACCGUUGUAACUCU